AUGUCGUCCGACUCUUCAUCAGCUUCGUCCUCUCUCUGCUGCUGUAUUUGUAGAAAGAACAGCAAGGAAACAGUGUUUAAACGAAAUUUUAUUGUGAAUGAGAAAAAGCUUGGUUUGUAUCAAGAAGCUUUGCCGCAGUUUGCAGAGAGAGCAACCAUCGGAACUACUUGUGAAUCGUGUUAUAAAUCUUAUUAUUCCUAUAGAAGAUCUCUAAAGACGUCCGUAAAAAGAGGCAAAGAAGUAAUCGAUAUUGAUAAUGAUGGUGAGGAUGAUGUGAGUGUUACUUCUGCAAACAAUUCUAAAAAGGGACAGACAACAUCUUCAUCAUCCUCUGAAGUGCAGGAGCGCACGAGCUCUGACUCGUGCCAUGCCUCCUCUUCAUCAGAAGAACCAGUCGGAAUGUGUGGAAAAGGAGUUCAAAAAGCGAAUUUAGAUUUUAAUUUCGACGAAACAACCACAACAGCGGCAGAGAAAGCUCGAAGCAUUAAACAAUGGCUUGACAUGAAAAACGAAACAAAUUUCAAACCAGUUACAACUAUCGACCUUUCUGAAGCAAAUGAAGAAAUAAUAGAUUUUUAUCUCUAUAAACUAGGACAGCCAAUAGUGCUCACAAAUUCUCUCGAAUUAUUAGCCAAGGGCCAUAUGGAAAUGACUAACAUACCUGUGACAUCCAGUAAUUUAGAACAAAUGAAGAAAAAACAAGCAGAAUUAUUUCACCUCAAUUAUUUAAGAGAUUGUGUUGGAGACUUUAAAGUAUUCCCAAGAGACAACACCACUUUCAAAGAUUUUGAAAUGACCAUGAAACAAUAUAUUACUUUAAUACAGAAAGAUAAUGAUAUUACAGCACCAAACAGAAAACUACUUUACGGAAAAGAUAUGACUUGCCCUAAACAAUGGAGGAGUUACUUAUUUGACAACCCUAAAUUUCCAGACAAACUGAAAUACAAAGGUCCUAAAGAUAUUCUAGCGAACACCAACAAGAAUAUUUAG